CGUACCGAUGUUCCGGGUAUUUUGGAGCCUUUCGAGUUUUAUUUUGAAAUGAAAACCGGAACACCCCGGGCUCACGUUUUCUCGCCUCAUGGCGCUUUGUGACACACGCACUGAUAAGUGACUCUUGGAAUCAACUCGUCGAUAUGGGGCCGACAGGUGAAGUGGUGAUGGGUGCUCCAACCCUCGUGUGCUCCCAGAACCGCCUGCGAUGGGAUCUGGGCGCAGAAGAGAUCCUCAAGAAGGCCGACGAGCUCAUCGCCAGCACCGAGGAUGCUUACAACCGCGUCGGCGCUCUGGCCUUGGACGCAGUCACCUUCGAGAACACGCUCAAGGUGCUCGCCGACGUGGAGGUGGAGUACACGGUCCAGAGGAACAUGCUGGACUUCCCGCAGCACGUUUCGCCGAACAAGGAAGUGCGUACGGCGAGCACGGCGGCGGACAAGCAGCUGUCAGAGUUCGACGUGGAAAUGAGCAUGAGGGAAGACGUGUACCAGAGGAUCGUGGCCCUGGAGAAGAAGACCGAAACCAGCAGCCUGACUUCCGAGUCCAAGCGUUACAUGGAGCGGCUCAUCAAAUUGGGCAAGAGAAAUGGACUCCACCUGCCUAAAGAGACGCAAGAGGAGAUUAAAAGCAUCAAGAAGAAGCUGAGCAGCCUGUGCAUCGACUUCAACAAGAACUUGAACGAGGACACCACCAGUCUGUCCUUCAGCAGGGAGGAACUGGGCGGACUCCCGGAGGACUUCCUGAGCUCGCUGGAGAAAGAUGGAGACAAUCUGAAGCUGACCCUGAAGUAUCCACACUACUUCCCCACCAUGAAGAAAUGCUUCGUCCCAGAAACCCGCAAGAAACUGGAGGAGGCCUUCAACUCGCGCUGCAGAGAGGAGAACUCUGUCAUCCUGAAAGAGUUGGUGGAGCUUCGAGCCCGCAAGAGUUCUCUGCUUGGUUUCAGCACCCACGCCGACUUUGUGCUGGAGAUGAACAUGGCCAAGUCUGGCAAGCAGGUGGCCGCCUUCCUAGAGGAACUGGCCCGUAAGCUUAAGUCUCUGGGUGAAGAAGAACGUGCUGUACUUCUCAAACUGAAGGAGGAAGAGUGCAAGAAGAGAGAUCUUGUCUUCAGUGGAGACCUGCACGCCUGGGAUACUCGCUACUUCAUGACCCAGGUGGAGGAGACGCAGUACGUGGUGGACCAGAACCUUUUGAAGGAGUAUUUUCCCAUGGAGGUGGUGACUCAGGGACUGUUGGACAUCUACCAGGAGCUUCUGGCUUUGACCUUUGAGCUGGUGGAUGGCGCCCCCGUGUGGCACCCAGAUGUGAAGCUCUACUCCGUGAAAGACCGCAGCUUAGGUCACGAGGUUGGCCAGUUCUACCUGGACCUCUACCCGAGGGAGGGCAAGUACGGGCACGCCGCCUGUUUUGGCCUGCAGCCUGGCUGCCUGCUGCCAAACGGCGCUCGGCAGAUGUCGGUGGCGGCCAUGGUGGCCAACUUCAGCAAACCCACGGCCGACGCUCCGUCCUUGCUGCAGCACGACGAGGUGGAGACAUACUUCCACGAGUUUGGACACGUCAUGCAUCAGCUGUGUGCUGAGGCAGACUACGCUAUGUUCAGCGGGACUCACGUGGAGCGGGACUUUGUUGAGGCUCCGUCCCAGAUGUUGGAGAACUGGGUGUGGGAGAAGGAGCCUCUGCAGAGGAUGUCACGUCACUACAAGACAGGAGGCGCUAUUCCCGACGAGCUGCUCGACAAACUCAUCAAGUCCCGCUUGGCCAACACAGUAUUGUCUGCUGGGGUAGGGGGAGCAUGGCCAGAGACAGGAGCAGACUCAACAAAGCAACCAAGAAAGCCAACUCCACCCUCAGCUGCCCACCAACUCUCGGCCAGUGUCCAGUCCGCAUGGAUGAGCGAGGAUACGUCUAAGGAGACCGAGGUGUCAGAUACCUGCUCUUUUAGCCAAGACACUGUGAAGCUUGUCCAGCUCUCCACAUCUUCUCCAGACUCUGCAGUCCUGUCUCUUCAUCCACAUCUCCUCCAGUCUCUCCAAACUCUGCAGUCUUGUCUCUUCAUCCACAUCUCCUCCAGUCUCUCCAGACUCUGCAGUCCUGUCUCUUCAUCCACAUCUCCUCCAGUCUCUCCAGACUCUGCAGUCCUGUCUCUUCAUCCACAUCUCCUCCAGUCUCUCCAGACUCUGCAGUCCUGUCUCUUCAUCCACAUCUCCUCCAGUCUCUCCAGACUCUGCAGUCCUGUCUCUUCAUCCACAUCUCCUCCAGUCUCUCCAAACUCUGCAGUCCUGUCUCUUCAUCCACAUCUCCUCCAGUCUCUCAAGACUCUGCAGUUCUGUCUCUUCAUCCACAUCUCCUCCAGUCUCUCCAAACUCUGCAGUCCUGUCUCUUCAUCCACAUCUCCUCCAGUCUCUCCAAACUCUGCAGUCUUGUCUCUUCAUCCACAUCUCCUCCAGUCUCUCCAAACUCUGCAGUCUUGUCUCUUCAUCCACAUCUCCUCCAGUCUCUCCAAACUCUGCAGUCCUGUCUCUUCAUCCACAUCUCCUCCAGUCUCUCCAAACUCUGCAGCCCUGUCUCUUCAUCCACAUCUCCUCCAGUCUCUCCAAACUCUGCAGUCCUGUCUCUUCAUCCACAUCUCCUCCAGUCUCUCCAAACUCUGCAGUCUUGUCUCUUCAUCCACAUCUCCUCCAGUCUCUCCAAACUCUGCAGUCUUGUCUCUUCAUCCACAUCUCCUCCAGUCUCUCCAAACUCUGCAGUCCUGUCUCUUCAUCCACAUCUCCUCCAGUCUCUCCAAACUCUGCAGCCCUGUCUCUUCAUCCACAUCUCCUCCAGUCUCUCCAAACUCUGCAGUCCUGUCUCUUCAUCCACAUCUCCUCCAGUCUCUCCAAACUCUGCAGUCUUGUCUCUUCAUCCACAUCUCCUCCAGUCUCUCCAAACUCUGCAGUCUUGUCUCUUCAUCCACAUCUCCUCCAGUCUCUCCAAACUCUGCAGUCCUGUCUCUUCAUCCACAUCUCCUCCAGUCUCUCCAAACACUAUAGUGGUGCCAUCUUGGG